UUAGUACUGAGUUGAUUAUCAUACAGAGUUGUCCACUCUACAAAUUCACGACAAACAUUAAAAAAAAUACUCACUUGACUUCUAUGGAAAAUAAAAUAAAAAUUGUACAUUAAAGUUUUUAUGAAAGAAGUAAUAACAGUUACUUAUCACGUUUUCGACAGUGAAAAGUGACAGUGAAAGUGUGAAUUUGAUAUUUUCUAGAAGUUUUCUUGGUUUUGUGUUAAAAGGAUCUUAGAAAAGUUUAUAGAAGCGGCCCAAUUAAUUACCAUAGUUACUACAAAUAGAAGUUUCGAGACCAUGUGAGAAUUGAAGAAUUUAAUACAAACGAGCUAAAGACGGCAGGAUGACAAGAAUACUAGAAAUAUUGACGCAGAAAAUAGCGGGACGAGCACAUAUUUAUAGACAGGUGCUGGCGACAUUUGCAUCAUCUCUGCUGUCCCUGGCUGGAGGCAUCACAUUCGGCUUCACAGCAGUUCUGCUGCCACAACUCAAGACUGACCCAAACUUCCCUUACGAUGAAGUUUUUGACUCAUGGAUUGCCUCCAUCUCCCCGCUGGCCAUGAUGAUGGGGUCUCUGUUCUCCGGCUGGAUGAGCGACGGGGUCGGCAGGAGGAUGGGCCAGCUCAUCCUCAUCGUACCUUUCACACUCGGCUGGGUUAUCAUGGGCGUGGCCAACAACAACGCAGUCAUGCUGAUAGGAAGAUUCAUCACUGGGAUGUGCACGGGAGCUGUGAGAGCCAACAGCAUGGUCUACAUCGGAGAGUUAUCAGACCCAAAGCACAGAGCCGUGGCCCUAUUCUGGCCCUCAGCAGCCAUCCACAUAGGAGUCCUAUUCUGCCAUCUAAUAGGCAAAUACAACCACUGGAAACUCAGCUGCUUCAUUUUCACAAUACCCAACAUUCUUUGCUUCUCAAUCCUACUAUUCUUGAAAGAAAGCCCGCUAUGGUUGCUUUCGAAAGGCAAAAUUGAUGAAGGCAUACAAUCCUUUAAAGAAUUUAGGGGUGAGGGAGAAAAUGCGGAGAAGGAACUCACGAGUGUUUUAGAGAAGAAUAAAGAAAAAGCAGAAGAAACGACUACAUUCAGAGAUAUACUUAACAUAUUACUUAGUAGGCCGUUCUUGAAGUCGAUAGCGACGAUAGUCUUGUUGUUUAUCGCGGUACAAUGGUGUGGCAUCAACACUUUAUCGUUUUACGCUGAGACUAUCUUCGAGAAGACAUUUGGUGGUGAUAUUGACGCAUUUAUGUUGAUGAUAGUAACUGAUUCCAUUAGAAUCAUAGCAUCUGUCAGUAUUUGUAUGUUUGCUAGGAGGAUUCCUCGUAAAAUCACAUUUGUAACGUGUUCUAUAACAACUACUGUUGUGUUGGUAGGAUUGAUUCUAUGUUUGUAUUUGAACCCUUCAGGUUUGGUGUGGGUGUCUGUGACUUGUAUGGUUGUGUACAUCGGUAUGGCAAGUGCAUUAACAUCUAUUUCAUGGUCAUUUGUAGCUGAAAUAUUCCCAUCGAAAGUUCGUGGCCUCGGGUCUGGUUUAAGCUCGGCCAUAUCAUUUGUCUUAUUGUUCAUUUCUGUGAAAGUCACUCCAGAGAUAAUGUACAAGCUUGGGGAACAAGUAAUGUAUGCUGGUUUUGCUGGAGUUACGUUGUUUAGUAGUAUUUUCUUAAGCUUUAUUCUGCCAGAGACUAAUGGUAGAAGUUUGCAGGAUAUUGAAGAUUCCUUGUACAAAAAGAAACCAGUUGAGAAUAAGGAUAUAAACUUAGCAACAUUAGAAAAUGCAGCGAAAUAAUGCUUAAGGUGAAUUAUUAUUUAGGAGAUAAUAAUAUUGUGUAUGUGUAGGUAC